CAGUGGCAGUGGAACAAGCCGACAACGCUCCCAGGAAGAGAAUACUGCCCGUUCCAAAGUGGUGUGGAGGAACAACCGGUCGGACACAGGACAGUUAGAUGAUGGGGGCUGAUCUGAUGUCUUGCAUUUUGUUGACUUUAGCUCUACAGGCCGAUCCCUGCGUCUCGAUGAAUCGUAACCGCCUCACGAAGAAUUCGAUGAUUAGCCAGGCUCCGAGUGGGGACGAAUGCUGCCAGAAUUGUUGGGAUGGAUCACCAGUGGUGCGUUUAUUGUUCUUUCGGUGUCGAGGCUUCGCUAAUGCUGGCUAUUCAAGUCGAUCCUUGCUCGCCGUGGAUCGUGGCCAUGCCUUUGCGCCAAGUGAAUCGAACCUGGAGGAUAACCUCAAGAAACGCUCCCCUAGAACUGUGAAUGGUAGUGGGGG